AUGGUACAUGGCGCCUUCGAUGGUGUCGAAAAGAGUAAUAAGACCAAGACUAUCACCGGUCGCCAUGGAGGUUCAAAAAAAUACACAAUUGAGGAUAUAGAGCGAAGCUUUCUCGAUCAGAAACCCAAGCUUGAUAACAGGGCUUUGAAAGACUCACAGCUCAAGCGGGGCUUACUGGACACAGCGACAAUCACAAUGGGCGCUAACAUACACCCAGAACUACGAACAAUAUCUGAUAUGGUCCCAGAAAAUCGAGAGCAUGAUGCAGAAUCCGCAGAUCAAGAUGAUCUCAUGGAAAUGGAUAAUGUGGGAUACACAGAUCAAACGACUUCAACAGCAUUUGUAGUUGACACAAAUUUUAUUUUAUCGCAUCUGCAUAUCUUAGAGGACUUGCGUUGCCGAAGUCGUGAUUACCAGCACCAGAUUGUUAUUCCGCGUACAGUUAUUCAUGAAUUGGAUGGCUUAAAAAAUGCGACCGAUAAAUUCGAAAAGAAGCUUUCGGGAUCUUCUGAACCUGAGACUAUAAGUUUGCUGGCGCGUAAAGCUAAUGAUUGGAUAUAUACCCACUUGGCGAAUCUAAACUCUGCUGUAAUAGGACAGCGACUUAAUCAAAAAACAGAGUACCGUAGUAAGAAAGAUGAUGCCAUUUUAGACUGCUGCCUCUACUAUAGAGAGAAACUGCACCUUUUCACCGUUCUAAUGUCUAAUGAUAAAAAUUUGUGCCUCAAGGCACUCACGGAGAAAAUAUUAACGGUUUCCUUCCGUGAGGGGAUGUCAGCAAAUAUUAUAGCACAGAGAGUUUAUGAAGAAAGAAAUUUUGUUUUGAAUAACGCCAAAACUUCAGGCGGGUUUGGGAUAUCUCCCGAGCCUAGCCUCAUACCUGAAGCGCUUGAGCACCCAAACAUCAAUUUUGGGCGUAUCGCACAACAAGUGUAUCAAGAGAUAGAAGCUAUAGUCCCAUCGGCAAUUGACUACAUCAUGCAUACAGAGUACGGCGAUGAACUAGAUCUCACAGAUUAUCGGAGGGCCAAGAUUAGCAACCUACGAGCAUGCUGUCGCUGUGUUGAGAAGUUUUGGGUAUCCGUAUUUUCUGCUUAUUUUAGAGAAAGUGAAAUCAACAAACAGUCAUGGAGUAAUCCUGAGUCUUGUCUCGUUAGUGUGCCCGCGCAGAAGACUGAAUUGGAAGAUCUAGUUAAUUUUUGGGUGUUUGCUCUGCAAUGCUUUUACAAAAAUCGAGAUGAUACUCAGAAAAAAGCUUUAACGGUUUUAUCUGAAAGGUGGACUAAAGCCUAUGUUACAGGUGACAUAUGA